AUGAGUGAGGUCAAGACUAAGUCACAGAGUGGGAGUAUCGAACGAUCCAAAAAUGGUCGAGUUGGGCUUUCUAACGGUGCCAAAUACUCUGAGAAAAGACAACAAUCACCUUUCAAAAGCAUAAAGAACACAUUGCUGCUGCGUAACCACAAGUCCCGGAAAAGCACGUCAAGAGAAGCCGUUGAUGGUGUCCUGGAGGACCAAAUCCCACAGAAACCAAAAAAAUUGAGCUACGUUGAAAGGAAUUCUGGAAACCAUAAAACAAGCAUCAAAGUCCAGCAGCGUUCGUCUGCACAACGAGUAACGCUUUUCAAAUACGACCAUGUUAAAGUGGUCAAUUCGAUCACAAAAGCUCACAGGAGCAGUUCAGAGUCUUCGGUUUCUACUGCUAUGACUUCACAAUCAAGUGUUCUGCGACGUCACAUCUCACAAACUCAUUCCAUAGCAAGUGCUGAAACCACACGAGAGACUUGUUUGAUGUCCGAUGGGCCACUGGAGAUAUACCAAAUCAUCACUUACAACAAUUCAAAGAUGCCACCUCAGAAAAUGACUUAUCUUUGUCUGGGAAGGAAGGACAACAUUUUGCAUCCGAUUUUGCCAAAACUUCAGAUUACGAAGCUAACAUCUGCCCCUUUUAAGAUCUCGAUACUGCUACUCAAUCCGGAGAGAUAUUGGAUAAUAGAGUUUUUACCAGGGCCAAGUCAAACUGGAAUUAGUGCAGAGAUCAAACUCAAUUUCGAGUCCAUGAUCAGCACCAUAUGUUCCUACAGAGUACAACCACAAGAUGACGUAGACAGCACAAGGAGUAUUCUCCUGGCUUCGCGAGAAAAUCAUCGAGACGUCGACGACCACGACGACGACAGCGAUCUGGAAUAUUUACUGGAAGAAUCCGACAGUUGUUCCGAAGAAACGGAAUUAACAAGCGAAGAGGUUUCGCAUGACACAACAGUCAAUCUGGCCUUCAAAAAUGCUAUUCGAAAUAUCAUGGUAUCAGAAGACUACGAGUUGCAACGUGGCUCCAUUGAUAAACGACUUAGUUCGUAUCAAGGUUUUUUGUCGUCACGGUUCGAUCGAAGGUAUUCAAACAUGCGGUCUACUUCACUUUCUACGCGAUAUCGUACUUCUAGCGAAAGAGAUUUGAGUUUAGGGGCUGCCACCUGGAUGGAUGUGGGCUCCGAGGAUUUCGCUGAUUUCUACUCCCGUAUUUAG